AGAGGGGUUGAAAUGACCACGAAAAAUGACAAUGGCGCAAACCUUAAAUUAGGAAAGAAAUCACGCAAACGGCGUGUUUGUCAUUCUUUUCCCCUCCAUUUCCCCUUUUCCCCAUUUAUACGGCUUAUAAUAUACGUAUUCCUGGCAAGUAAUAAGUAAGUACUAUAUAUGAGCUUCACGAUUUCAACAACCAUUCGCGAUGCCUAACCGGAGCCAGAGCACCGAGACAUGGGAAUAUUGUAGAGAUCUAAUAUAUUUGAAUGAGAGGCAAAAUGUCUUCCUCUGCCAAACAUGACAAGAAGGCACUUGUUGAUUCAGCAGCAUGGACAUUUAAUAUCGUUACUUCUGUUGGAAUCAUACUUGUCAAUAAAGCCCUCAUGGCUAAUUAUGGCUUCAGCUUUGCAUCAACACUGACCGGACUUCACUUUGGCACCACUACAUUGAUGACGGUUAUCCUGAAGAGACUUGGGUAUAUACAUGAAUCCAGUCUUCCAUGGUUUGAGCGUCUAAGAUUUGUAUUAUUUGCCAACUUGUCAAUUGUUGGAAUGAAUGUGAGUUUGAUGUGGAACUCUGUAGGGUUCUAUCAGAUUGCGAAACUGAGCAUGAUACCUAUCUCGUGUUUAUUGGAAGUGGUGUUGGAUGGUGUGCGUUACUCGAGGGACACCAAGCUAAGCAUUUUGUUAGUUCUCCUUGGUGUUGCUAUCUGUACAGUUACAGAUGUGAGUGUAAAUGCAAAAGGUUUUAUUGCUGCCUUCAUUGCUGUUUGGAGCACUGCAUUGCAGCAGUAUUAUGUACACUAUCUUCAACAAAAGUACACCCUGGGAUCUUUCAACUUGUUAGGGCAUACAGCGCCUCUGCAGGCUGCAUCUCUGCUGUUGUUGGGUCCCAUCACAGACAAAUGGUUGACUGAUAAGAGUGUGGCGGCCUAUCACUACACCGUAACCUCAGUGUUAUUCAUCGCCUUCUCUUGUACAAUAGCAAUCGGGACCAAUCUCAGCCAAUUCAUAUGCAUCAGCAGAUUCACUGCAGUUUCAUUCCAAGUGCUAGGACACAUGAAGACAAUUCUUGUGUUGAUUUUAGGAUUCACCUUCUUUGGGAGAGAGGGUCUCAAUCUGCAUGUUGUCGUGGGAAUGGCUAUCGCCAUAGCGGGCAUGAUUUGGUAUGGUAAUGCAUCAUCAAAACCAAAGGAGCGGAUUCAACCAGCCGCCUCUCGCAUUGAGCCUGAACAAAAUGACUUGUUGGGAUCCACUAAGUUUGAUGAAAAGGUUUAGGGGUCAGAAUCAAGAAACCAGUGUUCAUUAGAUAAUCCAUUCUACAUGUCUACUGCAUAUGCCUUGUGUGAUAAAUAUACCCAACUGAGAGCUCUACUUUUGCUUUACCUAUACAAAUAUUUGUUUGUUCACGUUUUGCCUAAUUUGUGCAGCUAAUUUUUGAGAUUUUAUAAAUUCAAUUUAAAUAUAUAUACCGCUCAUUAACAGUCCGU